AUGGAUUCAGAGGAUUUUGAAGAGCAAAAUAAUGAUAUCAAUUUCUACUUUAGAACCUAUGUAUUAUUCAUUGCUAUCAACUUUAUUUUGGCUUUACUCAUGACUGGAUACGGCAUAUAUCUCCUUUCAGCUAAUGAUUACGCUGAAAUAUUCUCAGAAUUUGCUUAUGCAUUGGUUGGUUCUGGUAUUCUUGCAAUUAUUGCGUUUGCAUUGGGACUUACCACUUGGUACAAGACGUAUUUCACUACCGCCUACAUUGUUAGAACUUCGAAUUCUACCACUUAUUCCACGCGGUAUAUUGUUUUGCUUGUUGCAGUGACUAUUGCGGGAACUGUGCUUGGAAGCCUAACAAUUAUUAAUCUCGAUCACAUUGAGGAUAGACCUGCAUGGCCCUAA